AUGAGUCACGAAACCGGUGCUGAGCAGCCCGUAGCAACUCUACCAGAGGCUCCCCUCAUCAUCGAGUACAAGGGUAACCCUCUCAUCGACAUCGUCGCCUUCCCUCAUAUCGUGGAGCGCAUCGCCGACUUGGCCGAUCUCCCUACCUCACUCCGCCUGCGUACGACGUGCCGUCGCCUCCGCAACCGCACCGACAAGCGUCUCUUCCAGCACGUUCUCCUCUGGGUCUCAGGCUUCUCCAACAGGUGCUACGCGUCCACGACUGAUGGUCGCAGCGCGCGCCUCCCCAUGACCCCCAUUCCGACAACCCCCCACCCCGAGGCUUACGAUUUUGGGCACACGACUCAGGAGCCGGUCUCCAGCAUCAACUCGGUCACCAAGUACGCGCGCACCGUCGACGUCAUGGCCCCUGGUCUCAACCCGGUCAUGCUGCCCGCCCUCUCGAGCGGCACCCUCGUGCGCACGUCGUCGGCCUUCCCUCUCCUUCCAGCUCCCGAGGUUGAGGAGCGCUACCUCGACACCCGAUACCACACUGACCAGCUCCAGCUCUACUUUCCUGGCCCCAAGAGAUGGGUCGUCCACAUCACCUUCAACGACAGAUGGCCCUACGGUCCGGGAGACCUAAUCCACAUCACCAAUAAUGUCAAGGACUCGCACGAUACGAUGACUCUCACCCUCGUCCUUCACCCGAUCGAUGGAGCUGCCAACGUGGCUGAGGGUGGCAAGACUCUAGAUAUCUUCUUUCCCAAGGUCCUGUCGGGUGACAGCCCCCUCAUUUCGGGCGUCACCGUUGUUGGUCUGGAAGCGUGCAGUCCCGAGCUCAUGGGUCUUCCCGAAGCCACUCCAGCUCAAGUCGAGGCGGAACUCGAUCGGAUUUGUCGGCCAGGCUACCCGAUCUCUUUCCUCACGAUGGACGAGUGGGUCGCUACUACCAGCGCCCGCGAAGUCGAGGUCCCGGAGCACAUGGUGAGAUUCAUAAGUGACCUCUGGGUGGAGCCCGAGGAGAAGUAUGGGCUGUGGGAUGCCCAUGCCGAUGAGGGCCCGGCCAACGACGAGGAAGAUGUCGCCCAUGACGACGGCACCCACGUCCACGGCGACCGCACCUGCCCUCGUUGUGUAAUCACGUAG